AUGCAGGACAGUCACAAGUCGUUCCUUAUCAAAGAUCUGCUCGGCGACGUGCUGAGGCCCGGCGCGGCCGGUGUAAUAAGUCAAACAAAUAUUGAAGAAGACCAGGACAGGUUGCGGUGCAAUUCAACAGCUAGUCCGAACGUUGAAACAUCCGAUGCUGAAGAUGAUAUUUCCGUCGGUGACAAUAGAAGCGAGACAUCCACACCGAAAAAGUCAUUUACUUUCCCAGAUGAAUAUAAAAAGAAAUUAGAUGGAGAAGAUGUGGAAAGGUCAUCGCCCUUAGAAUAUAAUUUGAAUAACCAGGCAAAUUACAGUUCUCCUUUUAAAGAAGACGAGAAUGAGUAUGAUAAUAGAGCAGAAGAACGAAUGAAAUUGUACGAUACCAGUCUAUUUCACUUGUAUCGAUCGGAAAGAGAUGGGAAAAAGGACGAGGGAUCGGAAGGGCCUAGUUAUGAGCACAUGGCCGGCUUGUCCGACACAAUCUAUGGAAGGUCGAUGGAUCUGUCGAAGAAUUCGUUCCAAUCUCAGCUGUUAGCUGGGUUUGCGUCUGUCAUUGCUGGGAAUACGCAGCGUGAGUCACAGGAGUCAAACGAGCGACAACCUGGCAGUAGGCCGACAGUGUCAUCAAAUUCAAGUCGCAAGCCGCGCAGGCGCCGCACGGCAUUCACGCACGCUCAGCUCGCAUACUUGGAGCGCAAGUUCCGCUGUCAGAAAUACUUGAGUGUUGCUGAUCGCGGAGACGUGGCUGAGGCGCUCAGUCUCAGCGAGACGCAAGUCAAAACUUGGUACCAGAAUCGAAGAACUAAAUGGAAGCGACAGAACCAGUUACGUCUGGAGCAGCUGCGUGCGCAAGCGGCGAGUGGAGAGCGCGAACUGUCGGCGCACGCGCUGCCCCUAGCCUGCGCUUUGCUACCACCUUAUCCUGCAUACAUGCACUGUCAUCUUUGA